GUUGGCAAAAGAAAUGAUCAAUGAUGGAUUAUUAUGACAAAGACGUGAAGUUUGAAGGAAUAGAAAUGAAAAUCUGAUGGUGGGUAUUUUAAGGUGGAGAGUGGAUUCAAAGACAAGACAAAAUCAAUGGGGAGAGGAAAAAAAGAGGUGGCUUUUUUGGGUGAUAUUUUCUUGACGAAGUCUUAGCUGGAGAGAAAGUAUAUACUAUUAGGUAUUGCCGGCCUAUCAUUGUUUGAAUGUGUUUUAGUGUUUUCGUACACAAAAAAUCCGAGAGAGAAUUGAGGUCGCGUUGACUCUGAUUGAAGCUUUGUGGAGAGGUAGCUAUGGCUUCUGCUGCACCCAUUGGGUUGUUCUUCUUUCUAGCCUUGUUUUCUGCAAGAAUUCAUGUUAUUGUGUCUGUUACCAACUCUGAAGAUGGUGCUGCUCUCCAAUCUCUGAAGAGCUCAUGGGAAAAUACACCACCAACCUGGCAGCAGUCGGACGAUCCUUGUGGAUUCCCCUGGGAAGGAGUCACCUGCAACAAUUCAAGAGUGACUGCAUUGGGACUAUCAACAAUGGGACUUAAAGGGAGACUAAGUGGUGACAUCAGUGGCCUAAGCGAAUUAAGAUCCUUGGAUUUGUCAAAUAACAAAGAACUCACAGGUCCACUCACUCCACGGUUAGGGGAUCUAAAGAACUUGAAUAUCCUGAUCUUGCAAGGCUGUAGCUUUACCGGAAAUAUUCCGAGUGAGCUUGGCAAUCUUGCUGAGCUAUCGUUCCUGGCUUUGAACACAAACAACUUAAGUGGUGGAAUACCUCCUUCUUUCGGGAAACUCUCUAAACUCUACUGGUUGGAUCUAGCAGAAAAUCAGUUAACAGGACCUCUCCCCGUGUCAACGGCCAAUACUCCAGGCUUGGACCAACUUCAUAAAGCUAAACACUUUCAUUUCAAUAAGAACCUGCUUUCUGGUACCAUCCCUGCCCAACUUUUCAGCUCAGAUAUGGUACUGAUACAUGUGUUAUUUGAUAGUAAUCAACUUACUGGGAGAAUUCCCUCGACAAUAGGACUUGUUCAGACACUUGAGGUUCUUCGACUUGAUAGAAAUUCUUUAACAGGAUCAAUACCAUCAACCAUCAGCAACCUUACAAACAUCAAUGAAUUGCAUUUGGCACUAAACCAACUGUCAGGCACCAUACCAGACUUAUCUCCAAUGACUGCUCUAAACUACUUGGACCUUAGCAACAAUUCCUUUUUAGCAUCAGAAGUUCCGGCUUGGUUCUCAUCAUUGACAUCACUCAACACUUUGGUCAUGGAAUAUUCAUCACUUCAAGGGUCUGUUCCCCCGGAAUUCCUCACUUUUCCAAGGAUACAAGUACUGAAACUGAGGAAUAAUGCAUUAAACGGCUCGCUGACAAUUGGCGGAGCCAAUUUUAGCUCACUAUUGCAACUUGUUGAUCUGGAGAACAACCAGAUUUCUUUAGUAACACUUGGUUCUGGCUUCCAAAGUACACUAAUACUUAUGGGAAACCCAGUCUGUGACAAUGCGCUUGCAAAUACUGUUUACUGUCGUCUUCAGCAACCGACGAUGAGGCCAUAUUCCACCAGCUUAGCCAAUUGUGGAGAUAAAACAUGUCCUCCUGAUCAGAAGCUCAGCCCUCAGAGUUGUGAAUGUGCUUAUCCGUUUGAAGGGACAAUGUAUUUCAGGGCACCCUUCUUCCGGGACUUAUCCAACGUGUCUUUGUUUCAUUCACUAGAGAUGAGCUUAUGGGUGAAACUGGGUCUAACUCCUGGUUCAGUAUACCUUGAGAACCCAGUAUUUAAUAUCGAUGACUAUCUUCAGCUGCAGGUAGCACUCUUUCCACCUUCUGAACUGUAUUUUAACAGAUCAGAAAUUAUAAGGAUCGGGUUUGAUUUGAGUAAUCAAACCUACAAACCUCCUCCGGAGUUUGGACCAUAUUUCUUCAUCUCAUCUCCUUACCCUUUCCCAGUCGCACAUCAUGGAACUUCUAUUAGCACUGGCGUAAUUGCUGGAAUAGCAGUUGGCUGUUUGUUUCUGGUUCUGGGCCUAAUUGGAGUAGGGAUAUACGCAUAUCAACAAAGAAAACGUGCAGAAAAGGCUAUCUUGCAGAGUAAACCAUUUGCAUCCUGGGUACCAAGUGGCAAUGACAGUGGUGGUGCUCCACAAUUGAAGGGAGCGAGAUGGUUCUCUUACGAUGAACUUAAGAAGUGCACUAGUAACUUCUCAGAAACAAAUGAGAUAGGCUCUGGAGGCUAUGGAAAGGUAUAUAAAGGAAUGAUUUCAGAUGGACAAAUCGUGGCAAUUAAAAGAGCACAGCAAGGAUCAAUGCAGGGUGGACUUGAGUUCAAGACUGAAAUCGAGUUGCUUUCGCGAGUUCAUCACAAGAACCUGGUAGGCCUUGUGGGAUUCUGUUUCGAACAGGGAGAACAGAUGCUGGUUUAUGAGUUCAUGCCCAACGGAACACUCCGUGAAAGUCUAUCAGGGAGAUCGGGCAUCUAUCUUGAUUGGAAAAGGAGACUCCGGAUCGCUCUUGGCUCAGCUAGAGGACUAACAUACUUACAUGAGCUUGCAAAUCCACCAAUAAUCCACAGAGAUGUUAAGUCCACAAAUAUUCUACUGGAUGAAAAUUUAACAUCAAAGGUUGCAGAUUUCGGGUUGUCUAAGCUGGUACAAGAUGCUACUAAAGGACAUGUUUCAACUCAAGUUAAAGGCACACUGGGUUAUCUGGAUCCUGAGUACUACAUGACUCAACAAUUAACCGAGAAGAGCGAUGUGUACAGUUUUGGAGUGGUGAUGCUAGAACUUGUGACGGCUAGGCAGCCGAUUGAGAAAGGAAAGUACAUUGUCCGAGAAGUGAGAAUGGCGAUGAACAAGACGGAUGCAGAGUAUUAUGGUCUGAAGGAAAUGAUCGAUCCAAGCAUUAGAAACGCAGGAAAUCUGGUCGGGUUUGUUAAGUUUGUGGACCUGGCAAUGCAGUGCGUUGAAGAGUCGGCCUCCGACCGUCCAACAAUGAGUGAGGUGGUGAAGUAUAUUGAAACUAUACUGCAAAGUGAUGGCAUAGCCACAAAUUCAACAUCUGCAUCAUCCUCUGCUACGGACUUUGGAGUCACCAAGGGUUCACAUAAACAUCCUUACAAUGAUUUGCCCAGAAAGGAUGUUGGUGACAGUGAUGCUUUUGAAUACAGUGGUGGAUACACGUUCUCAGCUAAAGUUGAGCCCAAGUAGCAUUUCGUCUUUCUCGUACACUUCUGAAUUUUGUCCUCUUUUUUUUCCCUAUAGAUAACUUGUUUUCAGUACAUAGCGAGAGUUUGAAUUGUUUGAUUGUCUGUUACAAUGUGUAAUAUCAAAAAUGAUAUAUAUCCAUAGGGUUUUUCAUACAUAACCGUCCAUAAUCAUAUGAAAAUUAUGUUGUUUUAACACAGUUCUUAUUA